AUGAUGCAUAAACAUAACACCGGACAGAGGAAGGUCUCACCUCCUGGCCCAUCCUUCAUGUCCAGUGAUCAAGUUUCAACAUACUUGAAGGACUUGCGGGCAAAUCGUCCUGCCCGUCCGACAGGAUCUCGUCCAUACCCAGGUAGAGCAGCCGCAUCAACAAGCGACCUACCUGAUAGCCUUCCUCCAAGGGCAUCCUCGGCAUUUUCUAUGCACAGCCCGGUCGAAGAUGAAAUUGAAGAUCACCGACGUUCAGACAGCGCAAUGUCCCAUCGCCGGACAACCUCCUAUGUGCCUGGCGGCGGCGCAAUGGGUCGUCCUUUAGCUCAGGAGCCACGCACGCACUCGAUCCGGAAGAACGUCUUUCCAGCACAGAUUCAUGCACGUACCAUUCCCAUUCCGGCAUCCUCAGCUCUGCCUUAUCGUGAAAAUGGUCAACGACGACACGAAAAGGAAGAGGCACGGGCACUACGAGAUGCCUUGCAGAAAAUGGAUGUUGAGGACGAUGUUGGUCUUCACCAAGCAGCUCAGGAUGAGGCCACAGAGCUAGUUUGGAUGCACCAGAAUCCUGGUCAAGCUUUCAAAAACCCUUAUGCGCCAUACCAAAAUCCUGAUGCCAACAGGCGCAGCCAGAGCCCUGUCCGAAAUGGCUCGCAAGAAACUAUCCCCUCGACCAAUAGAUUCAGUCAGUCGACAGGGUCAAUUGUCUCCUCUGAUGGUAACUCUAGCCCUGAGUCAGCACGGAAACGAUCAUCUCUGGCUGGACCCUCAAAGAAGAAUCUCAAAGUUAACUUUAAACUACCUGAUGAGGAAUCCGAGCAGUCUGUUGCUCCCAAAUCGCGUACCGUCAGCAGUGAUUCAUCUAAAGGAAUUUUCAGGAACCCGAACGACCAAAUCUACGAAGAACCCAUUGAUACUCAGAAGGAACCCGAAGCAAAAGCAGAAUUUUCGAAGUCUGACUCGUCAGCUUUGAAAAACAAACCGCGCAACGCGCUGGGGCGUGUGCCUAGGCCACUGCCUUGGUUGCAGAAUAGAGCGCACAGCAGCCCUGUGAUGGAUAAAAUCUCGCGGUUUGAAACCAACAAGAACCCUCCCACCCAGUCGCGUAACGCCGGAUACACUCGAAACGAAAGCGCUACUCCUCCUCCCGCUCGGUCCCACAACGCCGGUUACACUAGAAACGAGCCUACUACCAGCAAAAGACGAGGAGACCGCAGUGAAAAGUUACCAAUGCCUUCAGCCGUCAGUGAUCGAGUUGGACGCCCAAUCGUGAGCUUCGACCAAACUUGGAAACCAAGCGAUCAACCGAAGCCUGAUCGUCCAACCCUACCCAUCAUUGAAGUGGCAGCACCGACCAUUGAAGUCUCACCCCCCUCAAUCGAAGUCUCUGAGCCAACUCCAAUUCCCGUGAUCAAUGUUCCGGACAUCAAAGUACCCACCAUCUCCGAGAUAGAGGCUCCUUCCAAGAAACCGACCAGGCCGCUACCCCAGUCGACGAGAAGCUGCCCAACUAAUCAGGCUUUCCCCAGACAGCAGGGAUCUGAUUCGCAGAGCCGUUGGUAUUCGCCCUAUACACGAUCUGGUGUCCCGACUGCAAGCUGUGAGCUAUGCACGCUUCCCAUUUCCGGGAAAAUUGUGACCGCUGGCGGAUGUCGAUUCCACCCGGAGUGCUUUACCUGUUUCCACUGCCACACAGCCCUCGAAUGUGUGGCUUUCUACCAAGAACCGGAGUCUAGCAGAGCCGAGAGGUUAGCAACCGAGGCUGAUGAGCAUGAUCAUGAGGCCCGUGUGCCACGGUUCUACUGCCACCUCGAUUUCCACGAGAUGUUCAGCCCCCGUUGCAAGAGCUGCAAGACCCCUAUUGAAGGAGAAGUGGUAGUGGCAUGUGGUGCUGAAUGGCAUGUCGGCCACUUCUUCUGCGCAGAGUGCGGUGAUCCCUUCGAUUCCCAAACUCCCUUUGUCGAAAAAGAUGGCUUCGCAUGGUGUCUCCACUGCCACUCGCGCCGCACCGCACCACGUUGUCUGGGCUGCAAGCAGCAUGUCAUGGACGAGGUUGUCAUUAGCGCAAUUGGCGGCCAGUGGCACGAGAACUGUUUCAACUGUCACGAGUGUGGCGAUGGUUUUGGUCCGGAGGGCCGGUUCUUCGUUCGUGAAGGCGAGCCCAAGCGAACAGCCAAGGGCCGCGUGAUCGGUGGCCCGGUCCAACUGGCGAUCUGUGAGAGAUGUGAAGGUAUCCGUCUCAAGGCGCCUGGGAUGUGCUAG